AUGGGUUUCCUGGGGCCCCCAGUAAAUACCGUUGAGCUAUUAUGUCUGCCAGAGGUAGAGUUGGGCUGGGCCAAGCAGAACAGCCUGGGCUCUUGGGAGGAGGCUCCCUCUGGGAAAGAGUUGGUGGUGGUUGUGGCUGAUGAGUCUUUCUGGAUCCAGAGAAGUCCUGUGCCGGGCGGGGCCGCGGGGGGGGGGUGGAGAGAGAACCUCUCCAGUCUUGGUGCUGAAGGAUAUCCCCAUUCUACAAGCCUAGGAAAGGGGAAGACAGCCGCACCCCCAGUUGCUGUGGGGGCAGGGCAGGAGGAGACUGGCCCAGUCUUAACAGAUUUGCCCUUAGGGCCGGGGUCUGUGCCAGGUGCCACCGACCACAAGACCCCUCUGCCUCAGGGCGUCCGCACUGGUACUGUCCUGAGAAUCCGAGGCGUAGUCCCGGAGCAGGCUGGCAGGUUCCAUAUAAAUCUGCUGUGCAGCGAGGAGCAGGGGGCAGACGCCGCCCUGCACUUUAACCCGAGGCUGGACACAUCCGAGGUCGUCUUCAACACUAAAGAGCAAGGCAAAUGGGGCCGCGAGGAGCGGGGCUCCGGCAUCCCCUUCCAGCGGGGGCAACCCUUUGAAGUGCUCCUCAUAGCCACAGAAGACGGUUUCAAGGCAGUGGUCGGGGACUGCGAGUACCUCCACUUCAAGCACCGGAUGCCACCCGCCAAUGUGCGCGUUGUGGAGGUGGGCGGAGACGUGCAGCUGCACUCAGUGAAUGUCUUCUGA